AAAGAUGAUAAAUACUCGAGUACACUGUUGAAAGAUAGAUAUUGGAGGCAGACAGAGUUACAACAACCUGGAGAGUUGAAUAUACUGUUGGUAAGCCAGAAGACAUUAGAAUCUUGGAACUCAGCUUUUAAUAGCAAGACUGACACUAGCAGCCAGAUCGUAGGAAGACUAAGAAAAGUCCACCUUUAGAGGGAAGCAUUGCAUUCAGACGCCUUCAUGUUGAUUUUAGUGCUGCCAGUUUUCCUGGCCAUUCGUGCCAUAUGCAAAAUGCAUACUAUGAAAUGCACACCAAUGGAUCCCCUUCCUAUUAUGCAUGAAUGGCACCAGCCUAAUGAAGUCCUCAUUGGUGGGAUUGCAUCUCAUAUCCAUCUGAUGGACCCUCAAAUUUCAUUCCGAAGGCAUCCUUCUCAGGAGUCAUAUGACCUGCCAGGAGUGCUGGUGAAAUACUACCAACACAUCCUGGCCUUGGUGUUUGCCAUUAAUGAGAUCAAUCGGGACCCCAAAAUUUUGCCCAACAUCACUCUUGGUUUCCACAUCUAUGACAGCUACUCUACUGCAAGCCUGACCUACCGAGUCACUUUGGAUAUACUCUGCAAAUCCCAAGCAUUUAUUCCCAACUACAAGUGUGGCCUCCAGAACAAUGUGAUAGGAGUGAUUGGAGGGUUUGAUUCGGAAACCUCCUCAUAUAUGGCAGACAUCCUGGGCAUUUACAAGGUCCCACAGGUAGGAUUUGAUCUGGGGGGGGUUUCUGCAGAUUUUCUAAUUCACUGAGUGUGAGUGAAGCUGUGAAGUGAUUAGAUUUUGUGUCUGUUGGAGAAAGAAGUAUUGCUCCAAAGAUCAUGGUGUGGAGGACGAAUGCGUGGGGAAGUAUUACUGUCCAAGAUUGUGGGUAUGGGAAUUCUUCUACUCCAUCUCUCUGAGCUUAAUCCUACAGUUUCCGAUUUAUCCUACAGAUGUUUUCUUCUAACUUAGCUUUUGUUUGAACAGAGAUUUAUUUAUUUUAUUUAUUUACAUCACUUUUACCCCGCCUUUCUCUCCGAGGGGACUCAAAGCAACUUACAGUAAAUAGGCAAAAAUUCAAUGCCUAAAAACAAUGUA